UUAGCCCAUAUAUACCUCGGCACCUCCCUUGGCUUGCAACCGUGAAGAGAAUGGCAGUAACAGCUCGAUCGAGCCCAAGGCCGUCAAAAUUAAGCUAGCUAGCUACCUCAGAGGUUCAUCACUCUCUGUAUUGUUGGCCACCAGCCCGCCACCACUCCAGCAGCUAGCACCUCUCCUCUCGAUAUAUAGCUAGCGGCGAUGGGGUUCAUGAGCGGCGAGGAGCUGGUGCUGACGCUGGCGCCGGUGGUCGUGUACUGGGUGUACGCCGGCGUCUACGAGGCGCUGCUGGAGCACACCACGGUGCUGGACAGGUACCGGCUGCACUCGCGGCGGGACGAGGAGACUAAGAACAUCGCCUCCAGGAAGGACGUCGUCAGGGGCGUGCUCCUGCAGCAGGCCAUACAGGCCGCCAUCUCAGUCGCCGUGCUCAAGCUGGAGGCGCACGGUGCCGCCGGCGGCCGCGCGGCGUCGUCGCAGCCGGAGCCGUUCCUGGUGGUGGCGGCGCGGUUCGGCGUGGCGAUGCUGGUGCUGGACGCGUGGCAGUACUUCAUGCACCGGCUGAUGCACUCGGUCCCCUUCAUGUACCGGCGGUUCCACUCGUGGCACCACCGCGUGGCGGCGCCGUACGCGUACGCGGCGCAGUACGGCCACCCCGUGGACGGCGUGCUCACGGAGACGCUGUCGGGCGCCGCGGCCUACCUGGCCUCGGGCAUGUCACCGCGCGCCGCCGCGGCCUUCUUCGCCUUCGCCACCGCCAAGGGCGUGGACGACCACUGCGGCGUCGCGGCGCCCUGGAACCCGCUCCACGCCGCGUUCCGGAACAACACGGCCUACCACGAAGUCCACCACCAGCGCGGCGGCGGGCGGCGCAACUUCUCCCAGCCCUUCUUCGUGGUCUGGGACCGCCUGCUCGGCACGUACGCGCCGUACGCCCUGUGCCAGAGCCGCGGCGGCGGGCUCGAGGUCAGGGCCUUCAAGGACCAGACGACGACGCGCUAGCAUCUUGUUGCAGCCUUGCAGGCUGGCGCCACACCAGGCCAGAAGGGCUGGGCGGCUGGCCUCGUUUGCCGUUUCGUUUUGGCUUGUAGCAGCUGUGUCUAGUGUGGCUGUCCUGUCCAUGUCCACCGUGCCUUGUGUAGCUGUUUGUAUGUAUAGGUAUCUCGUACAGAAUCAAUAAUGUAACAACCGUAACAGCCGGAUCCAUCAACUUAUUCUGUCGUUCUGAUGUUAACUUCAGGACUGU